AUGUCCCUGGGAAUCACGCUAUCAUCGAGAGCCCGAUCUCACUGCGUCGGCUUCUCUGGGAUCUCUCCGAUUUCCAGGGCUUCUCAAAGAUGGUCUCGGGUGCCUCCAGCCCAACUACCACUCUCUAGUCAAUGGGUGCACGCAGCUGCCGAUGCAGUCGAGCCCAAGUCGGUCGAGACUUCCACGCCACGGCAUCGAAUCGCAGAUGAAGGAGCGGAUCAUGGCACCAGUGCGAAGGCUACAGGCGCACACUCGGCCUAUGAUGCCGCCGUGAGCCCUACCCUGGAAGGUCAGACAGUCGAAGAUGGGGAAACCGAGACGCCAUCGACAACCGAGAAAGCGAUACUGAAUUACGGUCCGUAUGCGAAGCAGAAGAGACCACGCAAGCCUAUAAAAAGCCGUUCAUCUACAAGCGCGCCGAAUAAUUCCAGUCAGCCUCUCGAAGGUGUUCACGUAGCCUCUCUACUCAAAGAUGCCCACGGACGCAAUUUCAAACAACCGAAGAAGCUCAAGAGGGGUGUUGCCUUGGGACAACCAGACUCUAUACUCGUUACGCCGGUCACACAUUACCGACCUCUCCGCGAAACUUUAUUGAGUGCCCAGCGAUACAACCGGAGCGUAACCAGGCAAAUCUGGCUCGAGGCCCUCCGAGAGAUCAAACGUGAGCCGAUCAGCAAUUGGCGCGAUACUUUGGACGUCCUUCGACUGCAGACCCGUCCUGUCGUAGGGCCCUGGCAGCGUAAUGCACGCAAGAUCACAGUCGGGGUUGAACUCGCACAUACGCUGCUUCACGAUGUCGACCAUACUAUCUGGGAUCUCAACGAACAGACGAGAUGUGAAAUCGAAUUGCGAUGGCCAAAGGACACAGACGGGACUAAUAUCAGCGAUGUGGGAUAUGUUCUUCUCUCGGGUGACGAAGAGGCUUUGGAACAUGCGAGUAAAGAGAUUUCCAGACUUGCCGCUCAAGCCGACAGCGCGAUCAGUAUCGAAGGAGCCAUCGGCAGCUAUUUCUCUACAACAAGCUGUGACAAGGCGACUGGAAUAAGAGAGGAAGUUGUGUGGGAGAGCUCCCAUAAAGAACAGCGUCCGGCAUAUAGAAAAGAGUACGUAUACAGCCAGAGAUACGAAGACAUCCCGAGGCCGCGAGGAUGGACGCCUGAUACAUUUCUGGCUUACAUUACCGCCAUCACAAACGCCAACAUGCGUGCGCGUGUGAAGUCAAGACUCUACGGCUCGGGCACCGCCGCAGACAAUGCGGCUAUAAGCCUACUCCACGGCGCAUUCGCAGAUGAGUCUGCGAGACAUGCGUGGUCGAGACGUGCACUCAAACAGGCGUUGCGUUUUCUUGAGCUGCGCGGCCAUUCCUACCGCAACCACGCCCGGGACCUCUUCCGGAGCCAGCUAGAUGCACCCUUUCCGAUGGACACUGGCGUCUUCAACAUCAUGUUGGAAGGUUGUGUCAAGGUGAAGGACCUCCGCAACUUUGACGACGUAGUAAAGCAGAUGGUUCGGCAUGGUUGUCGGCCAAACGCUAAAACCUGGGCGUUACUUAUGGAUUUGAUCGAGAGCAAGCAAGUUCGUCAGCAUGUCAUUCGAAUCAUGCACUCACUUGGCCUCCUUUUGGAACCCUCCGUCGUGCCACUCAUCGCGAAGCAACUUGUUACAAACGACAUGCACCAGCUGGAACAAGACUGGCCCGGUAUUCGCGUGUUCCUUCAGAGCCUGACCGCCAAGUACGGCUCGAGCUGGGCCUCGAGGUCAGUCAUGCACGUAAUUAUGAACGAACUCGGACGUAUGGGCAACUUCGCCUCAUGCUGCGAUCUCUGGGACAUCAUGACCAAGUCCCGCGACACUUUCCCCACCACGCUCACGCUCAACACGAUCCUCCACCAUGCGUGUGCCCAACGCAAUUUCGCACUUGCCACGGCCGCUUUACAGAGGGCUCAUGAGCACUACAUCUUGUUGGACGAGUCAUCAUAUCACGCGCUCUUCUCGCUGGCCUUCCGGCUCAACAGGCCCAACGCCAUGGGUCUCAUUUGGCGUUACGCCUGCAUAGCAGGCAAAACUAGCUGGCACAUGCGCAGCCGCGUCACCGACCUGCUGGCCGGCGUCGAUCCGCAACUCGCCAUGAAACAUCACGGCAAGUCGCACCCUGGGGAAUACGCCUCGCCGUCCGCCCUGCCGACCUUCUUCGACGACAGCGUAAUGCCGCCGCUGCAGACCAACGGCGCCCGGAUCAGCACGCUAAUGUACGAUUUCUUCCAGAAGGAGAAGUGGUACCCCCUGGAGCCACUCCACGAGCUCCUCCACAAGGCUUGGGACGUCGACAGUGACAUUAUCAAAAAAGUCAAGCAAGCCAAGCAGCAGAGCCAGCAGCAACAACAACAGCAGCAGUCUUCACCCGCCCCGCUACCGCGCACCAUCACUGUACCGGGUAUCAAGAUGUACCUCAAGGAGCCAGCAAAGCACCGCCCGAAGAGGUUUCGUUUGAAGUUGAAGAUUACGCAUCUCGCACCCACGGAUGAUUAUCAGCCCUCGUCAUCUGCUGAAAGAGACGACGACGACGACGACGACACAAGGAAGACGGAAGCAAGCACCCUCCCCCCACGGGAAUCAGACUCAAUCUCGGCCUAG